AGCAUGAAGCGGGCAGGAUGGGUGCGAACAAUGGCAAGCAGUACGGCAGUGACGGUAAAGGCAGCUCAAGCAUCUCAUCCGACGUGAGUUCAAGUACAGAUCACACUCCGACUAAAACACAGAAGAAUGCCGCCACCAGCGAAGAUUCUGACCUGAGCAUGCGCACCGUCAGCACACCCAGCCCAGCACUAAUAUGUCCACCAAACUCCCAUGGCUUCCAGAAUGGCAAAGGAUCCUCCACAUCUUCCUCUUCUAUCACGGGGGAGACCAUCGCAAUGGUUCACUCACCUCCUCCAACUCGCCUCACCCACCCCCUCAUCCGGUCUGCCUCUCGGCUUCAGAAGGAACGGGCAAACAUAGAUCGGCUCCCGGACCACUCCAUGAUCCAGAUUUUCUCCUUCUUGCCCACCAAUCAGCUGUGUCGCUGUGCCCGCGUGUGUCGCCGCUGGUAUAACCUCGCUUGGGACCCGCGCCUUUGGAGGACUAUUCGCCUGACCGGCGAGACAAUCAAUGUGGACAGGGCUUUAAAGGUUCUGACUAGGCGACUUUGUCAGGACACACCAAACGUCUGUCUCAUGCUGGAGACAGUUAUUGUUAAUGGCUGCAGGCGGCUCACGGACAGAGGACUGUACACCAUUGCCCAGUGCUGUCCAGAACUGCGGCAGCUGGAAGUGUCCGGUUGCUACAACAUUUCCAACGAGGCUGUCUUUGAUGUGGUGUCGCUGUGUCCAAACCUAGAACACUUGGAUGUGUCAGGUUGCUCCAAAGUGACGUGCAUCAGUCUAACCAGGGAAGCGUCCAUCAAACUGUCCCCUCUACAUGGCAAACAGAUUUCCAUCCGCUACCUGGACAUGACUGACUGCUUUGUCCUUGAGGAUGAAGGACUGCACACCAUUGCAGCUCACUGCACUCAGCUGACUCACCUAUACCUGCGGCGCUGCAUCCGCAUCACCGACGAAGGCCUCCGCUACCUGAUGAUCUACUGCACGUCCAUUCGGGAGCUGAGCAUGAGCGACUGCCGCUUUGUCAGUGAUUUCGGCAUGCGCGAGAUCGCAAAGCUGGAGUCGCGCCUGAGGUACCUCAGCAUCGCCCACUGUGGCCGCAUCACUGACGUAGGCAUCCGAUACAUAACUAAGUACUGCAGCAAGUUGCGCUACCUCAAUGCGCGGGGCUGUGAGGGCAUCACGGACCAUGGAGUGGAGUACCUUGCCAAAAAUUGCACAAAACUCAAGUCUCUAGACAUUGGGAAAUGCCCUCUGGUCUCAGACGCUGGCUUGGAGUUUCUAGCUCUGAACUGCUUCAACUUGAAGCGACUGAGCCUCAAGUCAUGUGAAAGCAUCACCGGACAAGGCCUGCAGAUUGUAGCUGCCAAUUGCUUUGACCUGCAGAUGCUUAAUGUUCAGGACUGUGAGAUCUCCGUGGAAGCUUUGCGGUUUGUUAAACGCCAUUGCAAGCGUUGCAUUAUUGAACAUACCAACCCUGCCUUCUUCUGA